UUUAGACACUACCUUUCCGUUUUCCCGCUGCGGGGGCCAGGCUUUCCGGAAGUGAUUGUGCUGUCGGUUAGGUGGGCCUCGAGCUUGUGGGGAGCAGGGUGCCCGUCCGGAAAUCAUUAUCCAGAAAGACAUCAUCAUCAUUAGGAUGGAUGGCGAAGAGAAGACAUAUGGCGGCUGUGAAGGGCCUGAUGCUAUGUACGUAAAGCUCAUCUCCUCAGAUGGCCACGAAUUCAUUGUUAAGCGGGAACAUGCUUUGACAUCUGGAACAAUAAAAGCCAUGUUGAGUGGUCCAGGGCAGUUUGCUGAAAAUGAAACCAAUGAAGUGAACUUUAGAGAGAUCCCUUCUCACGUCCUGUCGAAAGUGUGCAUGUAUUUCACCUACAAAGUUCGUUACACAAACAGUUCCACAGAAAUCCCAGAGUUCCCCAUUGCCCCCGAGAUCGCCCUGGAGCUCCUGAUGGCAGCAAACUUCCUUGAUUGUUGAAUAAAGUAAAUUAUGGGAAAUUACAGUUAUUUUUUUUUUUGUAUUUAAAUACCACCUCAAUUUAGUAUUAUUUUUUUUUUUGUCAUUUUAGCAUGAUUGCACCUUUUUUUCUGAGUGAUGUAUAUUAUGCAACAGUUUCCCCAUACUUUGCGAAGAACUGAAACCUUUGCCUCUUCGCAUACGUUUUUUCCCCACAUAGCAACAUUAAUAAACCAAUAUCAGAAUUGGA